AUUAUUUAGUCAAGUUUUUGAUAGUAUGUAUAGAGCACGUUGGUCUAGUAAGUUGAUACUAAAACACCAACCACCGUCACUCGAUUCAGCUUCGUUUUUGUAAGACAAUGUUGAAUGCCUCUGAUCCAAAUUACGAUUUUUAUCUGACGAUAAUCGUGGACAAAGCAUACUGGUCGAGUUUGGCUGCAGCAGGAUUCAUUUUAGCGAGUAUCAUUAUUAUAGCAAAUUCAGCCCUGCUCUUCACGACAUAUAAAGAUCCUCAAAAGUCGCUCCGAAAAUUACCUGCGGUUUUACUGAUCACAAAUUUGAGCCUGUCUGAUCUUCUGUUGGGGUCUUUGAAUGUUUUCCUGGUUGCUUUGAGAGAUGUGUUUCGAUCUAGACUCGAACACAUACCUCACAUUGUGGUUUUUAAGUCGAUCGUGUACACAGUGCUCUCUACGACUCUAUUUGUAAGCAGUUAUUCCAUUAUCGCCAUGUCAAUAGCUUGUUACGUAGCGAUCAACUCUCCCGUGGAUUACAAAUCAAUUAUUACAAAGGGAAGACUCAAGGUGUUUAUCGCUGUAUUAUGGUUUGCAUCCAUCGCAAUGUGUUCACUUCCUCUAACUCGCUUAUCAGAGGAAACGUACACACUUAUAUACCUUCAUACUCACAUUUCUCUGCCUGCCGUAUUUUUAACGUUCAUCUACGCCAACGUUUUCCUCUCUCUCGUUUCUCAAACGCGUGAACUUCAAACUGGUGGGUACGAUUCUGUCGCGAGGUACUCCUUAGAACGUGAGAGACGAAUGGCCAUUACAAUUGCAAUCAUUCUAGCGUUGUUUUACAUCACAUAUAUUCCACAAUACGUCACUCUUCAUUUGUUGUACUUUUGCAAUCGCUGCCAGCAAUCGGUAACUUUUCACAAGAUCGACGUAGCGUCUUCCAGAUUUUUGUACAUAAAUUCGGCCAUAAAUCCCUUCAUCUACGCUUGGAGAGUCUCCCAGUAUCGCCGAGCGUUUUUACAAGUUUGGCAGAGUUUUUUCGGAACCUCAGGAGCUACUUCACAAUCUUCAUCGUCGCUCAACUCGACGCAGAGACGUACUGCUUUUAGUGCACACAGUCCAGGGAUAGGGAGACCUUUGUAUGGCAAGGCAAAGGCUGAUUGUGAAAGAUGUGGAACAACCAGCGUUUGAAAUGCGAAAAGGGUAACAUUCGUUAAUCACUUAUUGAUGACAGAUUUUAGGAUGGAGUUGAUUUACAGUAAAAAGUUCCCGUUUUUUCCAGCACUGUUUUAGUUCAAUGAUUGCCUAAGCGAGAAGGAUAUCGAACCCUGCUAGCUCGACACACCGAGAAGCUCGAGUUAGCAGACUGAA